UGGUGGUGGUGGGACCGGUGGUGGUGGUAGUGGUGGCGAGGAGGAAGACGAAGACGACGACGUAGGAAUGGACUGUUUCAAGGAUGAAGAAUGUGGACCGUUGAACAUGAGCAACAAACUCGUUGUCAGCUGCAGUCCCAAACAGCAGCAGCAGCAGCAGCAACAACAACAACCGCAACAACCGCAGCAACAACAGCAGCAACAACAACAGCAACAACAACAACAACAACACCGAGGAAACGGUGGUGCCAGCAGCGGAGCAGUCCUCGGUGCCGGUAGUGUGGCAGUGUUCGGUGCAGGAGGUGCAGUUGGAGUAGUUAGCAGCAAUUCGGGAGCUGCUGCUGCUAGUGGUGCUGGUGGCGGCGGCGGAGGAGGUGGAGGUGGUGGUAAUGGCGGAGGUGUCAGCGCUGUGGCGUUGUGUGGCAACGCUACCAGCGGAAGUUCAUUUCUAAUCGGUGAAGAAACCGUGAAACCAUCGGGAAUUAACGAAAGAAAACGAAGAGCCAGCGACGAGAUAAGCCUGGACAGUUCAACAAAAGCAAGCGAAAGUGGCAUUGUAGAUGACUUACAAGCUGUCAGAGAUGAUAACGACGAUGAUGAUGACGAUGAAGACGACAAGCUGCCAUCCGGACAUGAAUACGAUACUGAAAGAUUGAAAGCCUUUAACAUGUUUGUCCGUUUGUUUGUCGAUGAAAAUCUCGACAGAAUGGUGCCCAUUUCUAAACAGCCUAAGGAUAAAAUUCAGGCUAUAUUAGAAGCAUGUGACCGACAAUUUCCGGAAUUUCACGAACGAUCCCGAAAACGGAUUCGGACAUAUUUGAAAUCCUGCCGCCGAAUGAGAAGGUCAAAGGAACAGAAUGGCUGGGAACCGCUUCGCCCGACUCCACCACAUCUGACGUCUGCAGCCGCUGAAGGUAUACUAGCAACGGCUUGUGAAAAUGAGAGCAACAACGCUAAAAGAAUGAGAAUGGGGCUAGAACCGUUGCCGGCAAGUGCAGUUCAGCAGUUAAGUAAUAGUGGCGUACUGGGUGGAGUUGGUGGAAGUUCAGGAGGUGGAAAUAUCGGAGGAAAUAACAACAGUAACAACAGCAACAGUAACAACAGCAACAGUAGCAACAACAAUAACAACAACAGCAGUAGCAACAACAACAGUGGAACUGGUGCCGGCGGAAACGGAAGUGGGGGUUGUGCGACUCCUUCGGGUCAAAACGCUAAUAGCCAGAACACUGCUCAUCAGUUGUCAUCGGCCAACCAAGCGCAAUCACAAUCUCAAACGGGCAGCCAUGACCGAUCCGUAGUGUCCAGCACGGGAAACGACUUUAUACGACAUCAACCUCCGACCUUUCGACCUCCGCCGGAGUUCCAUCCUCCAUUUUUUCCCAAUAGCAAUGGUAUUUUCCGACCGGGUUUCACGACAGGCUAUCAGCACCCAGCUCACCAUCACCCACCCGUGAUUCAACAUACUCCUAUUCAACACAACUCAGUCCAAAACGGCCCAACAGAUCUGAGUAUGAAGAAACAGAAUUCCAAAAAUCAACUCAGCCCCAGUGAAGUGGCAACUAUAAAACAGCUUAUAGCUGGCUACAGAGAGUCGGCGGCAUUUCUAUAUAGAUCGGCUGAUGAACUAGAGCAACUAUUAUUACAACAGAACUAAGCGUCUCCUUGCCAACUGGAUACAUCCACACAUCAUUAGACACUUCACAAAAAAUAAUAAUAAUAAAAAAAUAAUAAUAAUAAAUAAAUAAAAAAUUUAAAAUAAAUUUAUUCAUGGAAAUAUAUUACAAAAAAAAAAAAUUAAAUUUAAAUGAAAAGAAAAAAAAA